CGCUAGCGGCGUCACCGGAAGUGAGUGAGUUUCCAGCUAAACACGCCGCGCAGGGUCACAUUGGAUACACACACCGAUGUUUUGUAAUAUUAAAUAAUAAAGAUACUACAUUAUCAUUACCUUCAGUGUACAUGGAUCCGCCUAAAGCAGAAGAGCCGCACCUGAGGCAUGUGGAGAGAGACGUGCUGAUCCCAAAGAUGAUGAGAGAGAAGGCCAAGGAGAGAUGUGUUCAGCAGGUGGACGCGUUCAACGUCUGCUGUAAGGACUCGGGUUUCUUCAUGGUCUUCAAGUGUCGUGAGGAGAACGCGGCGCUGAAAGAGUGUUUGACGCAGCAUUAUCGGGAUCCGGUGUUCUUCGAGGAGUGUAAACAGGAAUAUCUGAAGGAGAAGCUGCAGUAUGAACAGACCGGCGUCCCGACCAAAAGCAGAAAACAGAAGCUUCCCACCAGCAUGUAGACACACACACUCACGCACGCACGCACACACACACUCCCUUUAUAUUCAUGAUUAAUCAUCCCUCGCUGAUCAUCACUCAAUGCAUUCAAUGCACAUGUGUGUGUUUGUGUGUGUGUGUGUCUCCAGGGAAUCAAACACACAGCGGGUCUGAAACACACACACACACACACACACACACACACACACAGAUCUGCUGUUUUCUGCAGGUUUACAUGUGUUAAACGUGCAGAUUUACUCCAUUCAGAUGUUGAGCGCUGAUCGCUCUGAUUAUAAUAAAACAUGUUUAAUGUUGAUCUGUUGUUUAUUUAUAUGUGUACAGUUGAAGACAGCUAUUAUUGUUGUCUUGCACAUUUCUAAUCAUAAUAGUUUUACUAACUCAUCUCUAAUAACUGAUUUAUUUACUCUGUCAUGAUGACAGCACAACUAGAUAUUCUUCAAGACACUAGUGUUCGGCUGAGUGACAUUUAAAGGUUCACCAGGGUAAUCAGGGUAAAGUUAUUGUUUAAUGAUUUGGAAAAUACUUGGGGAAAAAAAUCAGCAUUUCAUUAAUAAAUUUUGCCUUCAACUGUACAGAGUUUAUUCUGCCAAAAAAUGACCAAAACAAAAGAAUAUUAAUUAUUUCAUUAAAAUAAAACCUAAAUCUGAAAACUCCAAUUAAAAGAUUAAAAUAUGAGAUAAAACUGUUAAUGAAGUCCGUCUGUGCCUUUAAUGUAUAGAUGUGACAUGAAGCUGGAUUUUCAUCAUCAGAAUAUUUGUGAUUAUUAAUGUUUCAUGAUGAAGAAUAAACUGCUGCAUUCAUUCGAAUCAAA